AUGGGAUUUUUGAGUGGUGUGCUUGGUGCGGUGAAAAACACUCAGACAUACAAUGUCGGUAAAAAUACAUUAAAUUCGGUAAGUAAUGAAAUUAACAAACAUCUUUGCUCAGGGCACGAUGGUUUCACUACGCUCCUUCCCCGUCUGACUAAUGAGAUCGGGAAGUACAACACAGAAGUGAGAGACUCCAAUGAGAAAGUUAAGAAGCCCAUUGAAGAGUUGUUAAAUCAGGUGGGUGAUGCAUUUAUGAACAAGGUACAAAAUAUAUUGCCGCAGGAAAAUGAGGGUGAAGAUCCCGAGAAAGUGCAGGCGGCGGAGAAGCAAGUGAACGAAAUGUUGGCCAAUGACAUAAAAACAUUCACUAAUAAAUUUAACGUAGCUUUUCAAUUUAAAGAUAAUAAAGUAGAUAAAGCAGAGAUGAAAACUGCAAUAAGGUAUCUAAAUCCCACGUUGCAAGUCAGGGUGAACAGCGCCUUGAAGGCAGUGCACCAUGAGAUUAAGAGGCUGGAAGAGCUGUCGAGGAAGGAGCAUAAGAAUUUGGAAGCGACAACGAAUUUGAUUAAUGCUAAACUCACAGAAAUUAAAUGCACCGUAACAGAACAAAUUAAAUUAAAAAUUAAUGAACUUGUUGAGGGUCUGAGAAAUCUCGUCAAGUUCAUGUUGUCUGCCCUUGAGAAAGUCAAGAGUGCGAUGGCCAGCUACAUUGUCAAAUUGGAGACGUGGAUAAAGGAGGCGGACGGGAGUGUAAAACAUUCCAUCAGCGAGGCUGGAGCAAUCGCACAAAAAGCUGUCGGAAAACAACACCAGCAUGAGCUCAAGGUAAAGGCGGAGGCCGAAUUGAAAGCCAUUGAGAAAACGCUUGAAAAUUACAUCACCGGUAUGGUAAGUCAAAUAAAUGAUAACGUGACUGCGGCGCUUAAGCAGGUGAUACAAACGGACGAGGCGAUUAAGAAGGAUCUGUACACCGUGAAAGGUAAGAUAAAGGAGGCGGUUAUGGCAUUAGGGGAGAAGUUGGAUAAGGAUGUGAGAGAAGGAUUGUGGAAUAUGGAACAAAAAAUCAGUGGACAUCUCACACGUAUUGUAAGUAGCGCACAGAGUUUUGAUACAGAAUUUAGAAAAACUACACAUGCUGCUGCAGCGACUAUUCAAGGGUUGUAUGAAGAUUUUAGUAAAAUCAGCAGUCUCACGGAGCUUGAUACGAUUGAGAGAGCGUACGGAGGCACAGUGCAAGCCCCUUUAUUGAAGGCCAUAGGUGGAAGACAAAAUCCGUUUCAGAAGCUUACAGAAUAUAUACGAAAGUUGAAUGAUGAAAUCAUGGAACCUGUAAAGACGCUGAUGGAUGACAUAGGCGCAGGUAUAAAAGGGUCUGUUAGUAAAUUUGAAAUACAUAACGCUCUCAAUAAUUCUAAGGUUAAAUCUGCAGUCACGUCACAACUCGAAGCGCUAAAGGGGAUUUUAAAUGAUAAUGGCAGAAUUCCCAAAAUCGGUACAGUUCUAAUUGGCGACGAAUCCAUUACUACAUAUGGUGCAACUCCACUCACAUUGAAAACUAAUCUCUCGAAUUCGGAAAUUUUCGACACUGUGAUCCAGAAACUUUCUAGAAACCAGAUCGUAGAUACAGGUGAAGUAGAGAAACUCUUCAGCACUCUCGGCAAUAUUGCCACAACAGUCACCCGGCACACCCAAAACGUUGUUCAAAACGUAAUGCAGAAUAUUAAAAACAAAAUUGAAGAAGAACUUAAGGAUACCGUUGGGGCAGUUGAGUUGCGAUUCUCGGAUUUUAGCCAGCUGGUCACUGACCGCAGUGGACGUUCCGUGGGCCCUGUCUCUAAUAAAGCUGAAGGCCUCCAGUGGCUGAUUACCAAGUUUGAGAAGAACGUAAAACAAACCAUUGAAACGCUGCAGUCAACGUUUAACGAUACAUUUAAGCAAACUGGUGCAAUUCCUCGAGGUAAAGACAAAUAUGAGUUUGGACCGAAGCUCAUGGAAGCAUUCAACACCACUAACGCUGAUCUCGUAAAGGGAGACGUUAUGCAGAACAAACAAAAUGUGCUUGACGAACACAUCGGGCAUGAUAUUUUGGCAGGUUCAGGCGACCAAAAUAAAAUUGCCGAAAUUGCUGAUACUUUCACAAAAUACAGGCAGCAAAUCGUGAGAGAUAGCCUAACCAAUCCUGACCCAAACCAGCUACAAGGCAAACUCCCCGAGGCUAUCAGUGCGAUUAAAACCACUGCCUCCGGCAUCACCGUCCAAGGAACGAAACUGUCGAUGGACAACCUUGGUAAGAAAAUAACAUCCGACCUCGAAGCCCUUCUAAAUGCGUUUUCUGCAACUGGUAAAGUCGUGAAGGAUAAAUUGGUACAGCUGCAGAAGGACAUUGGUAUGGGUACUAAAAAUGAUAAUACACUACAGAAAAUCCACGACAAACUCAGUGAUAUUCUUACCAAAGAUUUCGCGAAAGCCAUCGACGAGGCGAGAAACUUCGACGCCAUUGCUUCCACAAGAUGCCGAGAAACCAUCGGACUACUCACUGAACACGUGAAUUCCUGUGCUUCGUCCGCAAUGUCCACACUCACUACCCACGCCCACCAACAAUACGUCCUUUCCCUCAAAGAAGCGCUGACGGCGUUCGCUGACAAGGUUCACAGGGAGUUGAACAUGUUGGUUGGUCCUAUAAAUAACGAUCUACAUGCGGGACUUAAGGGGUUUAUGCAUAAAAUCGAAGAGAGUUUGGUGAAGAAAAUUGAAGGAAUUACGACUAUCGAUCCCAAGGACUUCACUCAAAAGUCUCCACUCAGUAAGGGAGCAGAAAUAUUAAAUGUUGCCUUCACGUCGUUCUACAAUGCGCUGAAACAGCAAUCUGGUCUAGUAGCAGACUUCUGGAAAGUCAAAGCAUCGGAUGAAGCGCUAUACAUUCUACUGAAAAAGCUAUCAAAUUCGCAGCACUUUAAUAACGAAUUUAGAGAUAAUUGUGAUAAGCUUACGAAAUCACUAAGGUCAUUAACCGCUAACAUAUUUGCUGCUGACUCAACUUUAAUCUGCGAUGCAUUGAGACACGGCUAUACAGCACUGCUCACCGAGCUCGACAAGGCGUACGUGAAUAAGUACUCUGGCAUAGUAUACGCCGAAGAGCUGGUGAUGGAGGAGAAAACACUCACCGAAUACGGGAAGAGGUGCGCCAAAGUCUUUCUUACGAUUCUGAAAUUCUAUUGCGACGAUCUUAACGGGCUGCAGAAGCAUUGUGCGGAGAAGUCAGUGUGGAGGGGACGCCAAAUAUAUGCCUCUACAAACAGCAAAGAGAACGCGCUCGGCGAUUAUUUGAAGAAAUGUGGUUACGUGGUUGCCGACAACGAAAAGUCGAACAACGGUGAGUUGCAAUGCUCUCCGCUAAUGAAGGGUGAGCAUAUACUUAACAACCUCGAUGCGGUGAUCCAAAACGCACGAGGCGACGAAUACCUUGCAACGUGUAAACCAAAAGAGAAGCAACAUGGCUUCAGCGUAGCACACAUAAUUACGUGCCUUUUCGAACAUGCCAAUGAAUACUUCCGUGUCACCCACCUGCCCAUUUCGUCCGCUGGUAGGCACCCGUCUUCCAUAUAUGACAUGCUUCGCUGGUUAUGUGGUCUGACGUAUCACCCCGUGUACGACGAUCUGUCGUUGAACGCUUUCAGUGACCUGUUCGAGAAGAAGGAGGAACCAGACUCCAACGUGCAGGGUGACAGCAUCCCCGUUAAGGACGAGAAAGAAGAUAUGCUGGAGGCGCACCCGGCAAACAUCACAGCCGUAAAUCUGAGAGAGAUGCUCACCGAAGUAUGCCAUUAUUCGUACGACGUUCUCACUGCCGUGCUUGGUCACGGCCACGCUGGUGGCAUCUACGCCUGCGACUUCAACACUAACCCGGAUAGAUUGUCCUACCCUAGUAACUCAUCUAAAUGUCUCGAUUUGCUAACUGAGAUAUGCCUUCGACUAUUCCAUCAACUGUCGUUCUUGUAUAAGCAGUGUACCUAUCCCACCCAGCUGGGCGGCUGGCUUGACUGUCAUUAUGGCAGGGACGUCGGCGGGUCAAACUGGAUCUGCAACACCAUGCAAUGCCCUAACCAAAACGCUGGGCAAACGCACAACCAAACAUGUGACCAAAAGUGCAACCAAACACCCAAGUGCGGACUAAAAUCGCCACUACAGUCUUUCUUGGAAGACGGCCUGCCAGGGUUCCUGCCGCACCCGUACGGCAAAUCUGACUGCAAGAUGAAGUGUGAUGCGCCAAACCAUUUUGGCAAGCCGUGCCAAACGCCGAUGGGAUUCGCCGAUUUAACAAAUCUGGCGUCCAUUAAUGGCACCGGUAAGCGUAUCAAAGACGCCCUGCACCAAUUUUGCGGCAAAGAAAUUAGUCCACUUACCAAAUUGUGCAGUGACUUAGUAUGUCUUCUGCAACGUCCGCCACAGACUCUCGGUGAUAUGUUCGCCUUCUACUACAAUUUCACCAAUCGCUGGACUGUGGGUAGUAACAAGCAUAGGGAAGCAGCAUUCGAUACCGCUGUGAACAAUGCAAACUUUGGCGCUACUUAUGAGGAGCUGAAGGUUUACUACAUUUUUUCUGGCAGUCAUUCGGCAGUGUGGAAGGGACAUUCUGCUGGUAGUCUCGGUAGUCUCGUUUGCUCAUCGAAGGAGUCUAUAGAAUGCGGCCCGUAUUUGUGUCCCGUUAGUCAUUUCAUAUACGGUACGUUCUCAUCGAAACACGCCGAUAAAUAUUUGUCGUGGAUUGUCUAUCAGACAACAACUUUCUACGAUCUGCUCAAAAAGUUAUAUGACGAGUGCAACUCUAACUGCGGUCCAAAGGGAUCCAACUGCUUAACGACAUCCUGCGUCAAGCAGUGUCCAAGGCAUAGAAAACCGCCAACCCCAAAGGAACAUCAUAGCGAUUGUAAAUCUAUAGUCCAAUGCAGAAAAGCACUGCCGACUUUGUCAAAGUACGGGUUCGUGUUUUUACAGCGAGCCAAGUUAAACGGGAAGGAUGGACUCGAGAAAAAACGCACGUGCCAAAAUUUCUGUGCGGCAUUCAAAGAAGUAUUUAAUAAGGAGUCUAUACUUGUCGAACUUAUUAGAAAAAUUGAUGAAUUCAUAUUUGCCAUCAGACAGCCGUUUAUAUGGCUCAACGUCGCACUCUGGUCACUAUCCCUCUUCUACCUCAUCUGCGUGAUGAUUGGCAGACUGGAUGUGCUCCACAUCAGGUCACACCUGAGGAUACCGUCAUCGCACAAGAUAACAGCGCAGUCACUGUUGGCUGCAGCGCAAGUCGGAAGGCUUGCCAAGAUAUCGUAUCUACAACCGUGA